AUGAUCAAAAGUCAGGCAACCGAUGCUUUCACCCCAGCAACAGUGAUCAAUGUGGAGUCACGACUGGUUGACGAAGAAUGGCUAAAGACGAAGUUGUGUCAAAUGGAUUUGAAAGAUGAUGUUUUCAACCUAGCAUUUAUCUCUAUAAUUCUGUUCAAUUCUGGUACAGGAAAGGUUGAAGUCACGCCCGAUGGUCCACAGUACUUGAAAUCUAUUGGAAUGCUAUGGUUUGAUUCCCUUCCGACCGCAACCGUUAUUCCCACAGGGCCUUAUAUCUGGCAUCUUGGUCACAUUUUCAAGAACUCGAUCGAGUUCGACAGAUAUGAGGCGUUUGAAUCCAGCUUCAUCCCUGUACCCUCGAGGCUCUACUACGAUACUCCCAGCUCAGAAAAACCAUUGUCGGGUUGCCGUCUAGCAAUCAAGGAGAUUUAUGACCUCAAAGGAGUCCGUACUGGUUGCUCAGUCCGUGACUUCUUACCUCUCUAUUCUCCACCUGAGGAGUCUGCUUUCGCUAUUCGAAACUUCAUCGCCUAUGGAGCCGUAAUAAUAGGAAAGACAAAAACAACUCAGUUUGCUUCAGGAGAAGGUUCUAUGGACUGGAUUGAUUACCAAUGCCCUUUCAAUCCUCGCGGAGACGGUUAUCAAGAUACAUCGAUGAGUAGUGCUGGAAGUGCCGCUGGGCUCGCAGCUUAUGACUGGAUCGAUUCAUCACUCGGAACAGAUACAUUCAGAAGUAUACUCUGGCCAGCUUCAGCACACGGCUUGUUUGGCCUUCGUCCCACACAUAAAGUCCUGGAUAAUUCUGGUGUACUUUCUCUUUCUGAACACCUUGAUACAGUGGGCCACUUCUCCCGAAGUGUAGAUAGCUUUUAUAGAUUGGGAGAUGCAUGGUUCAAUGGCACUCCUCAACACAAAUUCCAACUCCCGAAAAGAAUACUUUUCCCCUCGGAAUUCUGGAAACGUUAUCAAACAGAGUACCUCGCCUCCGUCGUGGAGGAUUUUGUUCAAGAUCUCGAGAAAGCUUUAGAUGUUGAACGAGUCGACUAUAACAUCGAAAGUGAAUGGGCCUCUGCAUCUUUAUCGCCAUCACACAUACCAUUGAAAAAUUACCUCGCUACCGUUAGUGGACUUUCUUUUCUGCAGGUCAAAUUGCUCACGCUCCAGCAGACACUCUCCACGAUCCAGCUCUAUGACUGCUACCACAACAACGCUAAAUUCCGAGAUGAUUUUCCAAUUGUAAAUGGUCAUCCACCUUACGUGAAUCCCAUGAUUCGAUUCAAGUGGAAACUCGGCGCUCAGAUCUCAAGGGAGUCAUACGAGGAAGCUCUUCAGCAGAAGAAAAUCUUCCAUGAUUUCUUGAGCAGCAACAUAUUUGGACCCGAUACCAUCAUGCUGCUCCCUGUUGGUGCGCCUUGGCCCUCAUAUCGCGAUACCUAUCACGGUGUGUAUUAUUGA